GUGCGAUUCUUAUUUUUCAUCUCGUCAGAACAGAGAAAGAAAAUAGAGCAAAAAAAAGUGCAGAACCAUUCACACUCGAAAAAACGGGGGGAUCAUUAUUAAUAAUUAUGCUCAGUUCGCGACAUUCGGAGGUGGUGCCAAGUUCGUAGAAGUGUCGAGUCCUUCCUUUUUAGUUUUGUGUACGAUGUUGUCCUGACCCCAGCAAGUUCGAAAGUCCAAGAGUACUAGAUAAUCCAGCCAGCAAAACAUUGCAGUAAAACUCUGCGGAUAUGCUUGAUUGACACUCCACCAGAGUCAGAGCUGCACAGUAAUGGACUUUGUUUGAAGCGUGUGUUUGUAGUGUUGAGCUAAUAGAGUUCUUUGAUAUUUUGUUAUUACGCGAAAGUAGUGUUUUACAUUGUGUGUAGAGGGUUCAGGUCAGGUGAAGUCCCGCGGUUUCCCACAGUUAGCGAAGGAUUAGUCAUUCUUCUUGAGUAGGGUAGAGUAUUGUAGAGCAAGUGCUGUCCUUUUAUGGGUUGUCGCAUUUCGUCCUCGAACAAUGAGAAUUUCGCUCCAUCGACCAACAAGAUCGACCUCAACGCAGCGGACGAGAUGGAUCCGACCGAUCAGCAGCCAACUCUGCAGACCUCGGUGGACUACAAAGCGCGCCUAGAGCGAAAGCAGUGUCUGGCUAAGGAAACCCCCGAACCGGUGUACGAUUUGGCGGAAUGCAACCUGAAGGACGUCCCACCGGGAGUGUUCAUCAUGUGCAAGGUACUGCGCAAAGAGCUGCUUUCGCUGGCAAACAAUAGGCUAACUUCACUCACCGGAGGAGGAGCGCUGGCUGACCUGCAGCUGCUGGUGACGCUCAACUUGACCAGCAAUCGGUUCCGCAAGCUACCGGAGGAGAUUGGGACGCUGCAAAAUCUCAGGGAACUUCUACUAGCCAACAACAAUUUAGAGCGACUCCCAGUUCAGAUCAACCGCCUACAAAAGCUACAGCUGCUGGACCUGUCCUCGAACAAUCUAACUACAAUCGACCAGCUAUCGUUCAUGGCCAAUCUGCGAAUACUGAACGUCUGUGGGAACCCCCGGCUCACGAAACUCCCCAAUCAGCUCGCAACAUGUGAUAAUCUUGUAGACUUAGUACUCGACCCCAACACCAUCGUCGAACCCCCUCCGGAAGUCAUCGAAGCCGGAACCUACGCCAUCGUCAAGUAUCUAUCAACCGGAGAGCUGCUCAUCGGUCGACCACCACCGCAAGACCAGCACGACUCCCGCGCCAAAACCAGCACAAUCAACUUUAUCAACAGCGAACGGGACGACCAGCGGGCCGCCGAGUUUGCCCGCGAAAAACACCAAAAAGAGAAGCAACUCCUCGCCCAGGAACGUCUAGCGUACGAGAAAGACUACCUAGCCGAGAGCAAACUCCACGAGCAACACCAGCGCAAAAAGCAACAACUGCUCGAGCAGCUUCUCCACCAACAGAACCACGAAUCCGUCGGAUUCACCCGACUCCAAGAGGAGAAACAAUCCGAGCGCCAGCGCCUCAUCAACGACAUCCUAAAAGACGAACUACAUUCCAGCCAACUCGUCGACAACCUCCUAUCCCUCAAGAACGGCCCCGACCCCACCUUCCUCGAGCGCGAACGCCAAGAUCAGCAGCACCUGCUCGAGCAGCUACGCGUCCAGCAGAACGACCUGCGCAAACAGGAAAUCCUCACCGCCAUGACCGACCUGCUCGAGAACGAAAUCAACGUCAUUCAGAAUUUCCACAACCAGCGCGACCAAUCGUCGCGCACCAUCCUCGAGCAGGAGUACGAAACGAACAACCUGCUGAACAACGUCUUUCUCAACUACGAUCGCAACCGGCAGGAAAUCAUCGAUCAGGUCAACUGCGACGAAGACAUUCAAAAGUCGGCGGUGGCGGCGCUUAUCGCGCGAAACGACUCCCGAACCUGGGGCCUCGUGGAGCAGGUUCGAAUCGUCGAGAGUCAGCUGGCGGCGCUGACGACGUACGAGAUCGACCGGAAGAAGAUCAACCAGGACGAUCAGAUUAACCACCUUUCGGAACAGAGAAUCAAUCUAACCUACGUACUGAUGGAUUUGCUCAAACAACAGGACCAACGGAAGCACCAGCUUCUCGACACGCUCAAAAUAAUCGAACGCCAGAAGGAGGGCGAGCAGACGGACUUUUGGCUGCUGCAGUACCAGAAGCUGCUGGACCACCAACCCGUCGAAAUCACCCAGGACAGCGCCUCGAUCGACCCGAUCCUGGGCUAUCAAUUCCUCGAGAACGGCGUCGUACACUGUCUGCCCUUCCUGUCCAAAAUCUGGCAGAACCGCGACAAGGAACUGUCCAGCGUUACGGAUGGCGAUCUGCUCGAAGCAGGUGUUCAAAAUCCGACCGACCGACGGGCCAUUUUGGCCUCGAUUGGCAGCUAUUACGACUAUCUGAACCGACGGAUCGAGUUCCCUGAGGGCGAUACGAGCCCGGAGACGCCUACGGCACCGACGGAGGACCAGCCGGAACAACCGGCACCAAGUUGUCCACCGGAGGACGGGGCUGGGGUCAGCGGAGGAGCGGCGAUUCAGUUUGCCGAGUGCGUCAUUUGUAUGGAAGAAACGGUUCAAGUUAUCUUCUUGCCUUGCGGUCACAUGUGCUGCUGCUCCGGAUGUCACACGGAAAUCCGCGACUGUCCCAUGUGCCGUGCGUACAUCGAGCGCAAGAUUAAGGUCAUUCAACCGUAAUGGGUGAGGCGUGUAGUAACGUAUUUACUUUAGUCAAAUUAAAGGACGCAAAGCAAUCGUUUGUUAUCGAAACAAAACAACAACAACAACAAAAUCAGAAAGGCAUUGCAUGUUAUAACUCAUCAAUAUAUCGCCUUCGAAACACACUUUGAGGUGUAAAAACACCCGAAAUACCAAAAACAUAAAAUCUACUAAAGUUUAUAUACGCAUAUUAAGCUGCACGGCGAAAAGUUCGAAACUUUACACGAAGCAACAAAAAAAACUCCAAAAACUACACUUUUGAAGCUAUCUGAUUCAUUCCCACAGCACAACAUGAGUAAA